GCGACCGGCCCGCCCCGCGCCGCAGGAAGCACCGCCCUCGCGCCUUCCUCCCCCUCCUCCCCCUCCUCCUCCUCCUCCUCCGCCCGCCUCCGCGCGGCGGCCGCGGCGGUUCGGGGAUGCAGCGGUACUUCUGCCUGGCGGACUGCGACGUGAUGGGCUUCGACCUGGAUCACACGCUCUGCCGGUACCACCUCCCGCAGAGUGCGCGGCUAAUAUAUGAUAGUUUUGCCCAGUAUCUGGUAAUGGAGAAGGGUUAUGACAAAGACUUGCUGACUCUAGCUCCAGACAGCUUGGACUUCUGUUGCAAAGGCUUGGUGUUGGACAUCGAAGAAGGAAACUUUGUGAAGCUUGCAGAAGAUGGAACAGUUUUGAGGGCAAGCCAUGGUACAAGGAGCAUGACACCUGAAGAGCUCCUGGAGACAUACGGAAGGAAGGAGUGGAAGCACUUUAAUACAGUCAGUGGCAUGGUUUCCCGCUCAGCUAAAUACUAUUUAUAUGAUAACUAUUUUGACCUGCCAGGAGCUUUCUUGUGUGCAAGGGUUGUGGACAGCUUAGAUCAGCAUGAUGGUCAGAAAAAGUAUGACUUCUGGAAGGACAUGGUGGCUGCUAUCCAGCAUAAUUAUAAAAUAACAGCUUUUAAAGAAGACUGUGGGACAUAUUUCCCAGAAGUGAAAAAUCAUCCAGACAAAUAUUUACAAAGAUGUCCCGAGUCUGUAAAAAAGUGGCUGAAACAACUGAAGAGUGCUGGGAAGAUUCUGCUAUUAAUUACUAGUUCUCACAGUGACUAUUGCAGGCUCCUGUGUGAACAUAUUCUCGGGAAUGAUUUUGAAGAGUAUUUUGAUGUUGUGAUCACAAAUGCUUUAAAACCUGGUUUCUUCUCCCAUACUCCAAACCAAAGACCUUUCCGGAUUCUUGAGAAUGACGAGGAGCAGGAAGCUCUGCUAUCACUGGACAAACCCGGCUGGUAUUCCCAAGGGAAUGCUAUCCAGCUUUAUGAACUACUGAAGAAAAUGACUGGCAAGUUGGAUCCCAAGGUUGUUUAUUUUGGUGACAGCAUGCACUCAGAUAUUUUCCCAGCUCAUCACUAUAGCAACUGGGAAACUGUCUUCAUCUUAGAGGAGCUUCUAGGGGACAAAGUUACGGUGCCUGCAGAGACUGAAUCUGAGCCCGUGGAGAAGAAAGGAAAAUAUGAGGGAGAUUCGCUCAAAGCUCCUUACUUUGCUUCUAAACAGUGGGGCUCCUUCUUCAUGGACAGAUUGCCAGGCCUGGAAAAUGCAGAGGAAACCUUAGUUCGCACAUGGUCCUGUAAAUGCGUUAGCACUUACAGCACUAUUGCAAUCCCUAGUCUUGAAGCAAUAGCAGCUCUCUUACAGAGUUUGACCAUUUCAAGCACAGUGACAUAGUACUUUAAAGAUGAAUGCCCUUGAAGAAUCAACUAUUACCAUGGAAGUCAUGAAUUUCUAUAUCCUGAACAGUUUCAUUCAUAAUUAUUGCUGAAGUGAAACAAAAAAUCCCCUGUAUUUUAAUACAUUAGUUCUAUUUUUUUCAUUGACAUUAAAUCAUUUAAAGUCAAAUCCAGCUCCUAUUAAAACUAAAUUAGUCUUUCCUGUAACUAGAGUGAUAAUUACAUGCUCUUAUUCAAAUAAUAAUAGCAUAUAAUUUCCUUAAACAUAUAGAACUAUCCAUAUUAUACAUGACUUGUUAAUUAGCAGUAAACUUUUCUGUUUAAUGCUUUACCUUAUUACAACCACGCCUUUACUUACCAGCUUCAGUUUAAGAAUGUAUCUAUACAAUAUCAUCUAAAGACUAAGUUUAUCCAAAUGCUUUGAGGAUGUAAACUGCUUUGGGGCUUAGCUGCUAUAAAUACUAGUUGCUACUAAAAGGCUGAAGAGGUUAUUUUUAUAAUGAAACUUUUUAUGCAAGAAACGUAUUUUUACAUCUGGUGAAAAAUUGGUAUAAGUCUACAACGACAACAUUUCUGAGGUUUUCUGAUUCUGAGGUUUUGAUGCAAGAAAAAAAAAGCAGAUAGCAAAGGUAACUGACUAGAGAGAAGAUACAUGUUCUGAAUGUAUGAACAUUGUAUUAACAGCAUCCUGCUCUAUGUAAACUGAAAAGCAUCAGAUAAGGUAAAUCUGAUUCAUCAGUUCCAUGAAAAUAAUUUCAGUGUUCUUCAUUUAAGAGAAAGAAAAACAUACUCAACACUACAGAUAAAUGUAAUGCAACUAUUUUGUCAGUUGCAAAAUACAACUGAAACCGACAAUAAACUGCAUUUAAACCAUAACAAA